CUCGCUGCCCCUCCCCAAUCAGGGGCCCUUUGUGAUGUAAAGGCCCCAGCUCUGUGAUGCAGGCCUGGGCCCCAGUCCCUAGUCUCCAAGGCACUGCCCAGACCUCAGUUGCUUGAAGGCAGCAUACCUAUUCAGAUGGCAUGCUAAAGUUUCUUAGUGAUUUCUGGAUAAACACCCCCAGCUAUACACCAUGGGUGUUAGAUAUCUUCCUCACCCUGGUAUUUGUCGUGGAGUUAUAUUUCCUAUUAGCCCCCUGCCUCUCUUACUUCCGUCAUGAUCCACCCUCACCAUCGCCAGGGGAGAAGAUAAUGGGUCACCUUCUCUCCCAGGGUCAGCAGAGGGGGAGGCCCAAAGGCAGGAAGAAAAACCGCAGUCUGAAAGACCACCUGAAAGUCCUGGAGAGGAUUCGGGACUCACUUUCACAACUGCAGCGCAUCCUGGGGCCGCAUCCUGAGAAAGGCGACUUUGGUCAGCUCUCUGGUCCAGAUCCCCCAGGUGAGGAGUGCAAACGAGCGCCUGAUGGAGCCUCCCACUCCCCUCAGGAGCCAAUGAAAGAUGCCGCUCCCGUGCUUUCCCCAUUAGCUUCCCCAGAUCCUCAAACCCAGCAUCCUUCACCUCUCAUCUCCACCCCAUCACCAGGCCCAAUGGCCACCUCAGUCUCCCCUCUGAGUGCCUCCCAACCACCAGAGCCUUCCCUUCCCCUGGAACACCCCUCACCAAAGCCACCUGCGCUUUUCCCUAACCCACCACACACCCCUGAUCCUCGGGCCUGCUCUCCGCCUCCUCCGAAAGGCUUCAUUACUCCUCCCCUGCGGGAUUCCACUCUGACGACUCCAUCUCACUGUGACUCAGUGGCGCUUCCACUGGGCACCAUCCAUCCAAGCUCAUCUCCAUGUGAGGAUCUGGCGACUUCUGGCCCAGCCAUCUCAGGCCUUGGCGGCUCAAGCAGUCAUGUCUCUGUGCCUGCACUCUGGUGUCGGGAAACUACCAAAACCUGGCGCAUCUCCAACCCAUCGGUCCAGCAAGAUCAUCUUUCCGGCCACCCACCAGAAACCUCGUCCUCGGGAGACCCCACAAACAGUCAGAUGGAAGCUGGAAGCCCCUUUUUGCUCAGCUCUGAUGGCCAGAAUGUCGUGGGAAUACAAGUCACAGAAAGAGCCAGGAUCAACAUUCGGGAGGAAAAAGAAAAAGAUGGAUCAUUUCCAAAACAAACGAACACGGAAAAGCACUUGAAUCCUUUGGGGAAUUUGGUGAAAUCAUUGAAUGCUGAGCAGGACACCACAACCCUAAAACCCGUCUGGGACAUGGAAGACUUGAAACAAUCGUCUAGUCCUCAGAAGCUCUCGGAUCCUGGAAUCCUGAAGGAACAUUUUCAGAAGAAUUAUAGCCAGCUUUUCUGGGGCCUCCCCUCUCGGCACAGCGAAUCCUUGGAGGCUAAUGCCUGGGUGUCUGAGAGAUCUUCUACUUUACGGUCUCCUUCUUUCUUGUUCAAUGGCGUUCCCGAUGUCCGCCCACUUCAAACAGAGACUACAAUGUCUCCACUGCUUUACCAGGCCCAGCGCCCGUCCCAUCUGAGGCCUGGGUCCCAACCCUUUAUUUCGCCCACACCCCCAUGCCAGCUCUCACACAUGGCUCAGGCGGAGGCUCAGGCCCGUCUUCAAUCCUCUUUCCCAGUCCAAGCUCCUGCUCUUGCAUCCCCGAUUAAUAAUUCUGGAGUAGCUUGCCCCGCGUCGCAGAAUAAGACGCAAGCUCUCACCUUCCCUGAAAUGCAGCGCCCUGGAUGGUCUUCUAAACAACCAGAAGGUGGGUUGGCUUUACCCUCUAGGGCCCAAAAACCUCAGGAUGUCUUUAGCGCCCCCACUCCUAACCUUCCCCAGGGCAGCUUGAGAGCAAUCAUUCCUGAGAACUUUCCAGUCAGUCCUGAACUCCGAAGCAACCUGGGAACGACCCAAGAGUCUCCGGAUCUGAUGCAGCCUCCGGAGAAACUGCCAGGGACAAGUCAGGGCAGGGGCAAACUCAGACCCUUGCAGUUCUCCGAGUCCUCGGGCGAAAGCAGCAAGGACAUACAGAAGGUGACGUUCCCGCUAGAGAGUAAUCCGUGCACACCUCUGGGACAAAUUCGGGGGCAGACCCCGCAAAAUCUAGCCAGGUGCCUGGAAAGCUUCCCAGGGAAGGUUCUGGGGGCAGAACCUCAAGUCUCUGAGGAAUCGGAAAGAGACUUGAAGAUGCCCUCGAAGAGAGACUCGGAAAGUGAUUUAUUAAGACGCACAGAGAGAAAUCGUAUAGAAAACAUCCUGAAAGCCCACGUGGGCAUGAAGUUGGGCCAGCUCAGUGAGGGCUUUAUCCCCAUCCAUGUGCGUCGAUCCUGGCUUGCUGUCAACCAGGCUUUUCCCCUGUCCAACACCCACAUGAAGACCAGCAAUCUAACAACCCCAAAAAGUGAAAGAGCCAGUGUGAACACAUCCCUGGAGCUUUCCUUCCUCGAUCCGUGCACUCGACAGGUGCUGGGAUGCCAUAUUGUGAGGUUGUGGGCCAAACACAACUGGAGCCUAGCCCUCAGGGUCCUCAAGCCCAUUAAGCUCUUUAAACUGGAAAAAGUUUCAUCCUUAUCCCUAACACAGCGUGCCGGUCCCUCCUCAGCCACCUAUGAAUCUAAGCCUAACUCAAAAGUUGAGAAAGCCACGUUCCUAAGAGAGUCACCACCGGCAGGUCUGAGAAAGCAGGUGCUGACCAAAGCAUCUGUUCAGACGCCAGACAGUCUUAUGGCAGCCAGAAGGAGCAACCUGGGGUAUGAGGAGCCCAAGAACCCGAAACGUCAAGGCUCACGCAAGAGCCAGAGCCGGAUGUUUACCCCUACUCACAACAGUGAGAACCCAACGAAGCCCAACUUAGAAAAACGUGAAGAAAGGCUUGAAGACCUGAGGACUCCCCAACUCACCCCAGUCAGGAAAACAGAAAAAACCCGUCAGGAUGAAGGCCUCCGGCUGCUGCCGUCAAAGAAACAGCCUCCUUCAAUAAGCGACGUCGGAGAAAGCAUCAAACAAUUCUUUCAGCAGGUCUUUUCAGAGAAGAAAAGCAAGCCAGUUCCAGUCACUGCCAAGAGCCAGAAAAUAGUGAAAAACAGAUCACAUGUGUACAGCAGCUAUGCUGAAGCUGAGCGGCUCACGGCAGCAGUUGGACACAUGCUGGAGAAAAAAAUGACACUUUGCCGUGAGCAUCGUGCCUCAAAGGCAAAUCAGCACAAACAGGAGUUCCAAGCCCCAGUCUGUGGGUUUCCCUGCAACCGCAGGCACCUCUUCCACCCGGAACACAGCACAAUGCUGGGCUACGCAGCCAGCAGUCAACAAGCCACUCUCAAGAGCCAGAGUUACCCCAACAGAGAGAAGCAUAUCAGAGAUCAACAGUCCCUGAAAAGUGUCCGACGCAACAAUGAGCCGGGGCCAGGACAGCCCCAACUCUUGCUCCCCAAGAAGGCUGUCUCCCCAGUCAGCGCCCCUCAGGGCUGACUGAAGACAGAACAU